AUGAUCCGUUGGUUGUGGUAUUAUUGUAGGUUGGUAUAAAGUACAUUCUUUCAAAAACAUGGAAUUCUUUAUUUUUUAUCUCUAUUUUUCGCUAUCAGCAAAUUUCAAUUUUUCAGGUAGAAGUUCUCGACGUUAGAGCGAAUCGCUGGAGAUGUGCCCCGUCGUUAAUAAACAUCCGUUCGGGAGCUGGUGUUACUGUAUGGCAAGAUCAUAUUGUUGCUGUUGGAGGACAUCGAGGCGCGGAAGUUCAUCUUUCGGUUGAGGUUUUGAAUUUGCGAAGAUAUAGGAGUUUUUACAACACGUUCAAGAUGUUAAUCGACAACACGUGGCGAGAACUUCCUUCCAUGACCGUCAUACGUAGAAAUGCAGCGGUUGUAGCAGUCAACGGUAUUGGAAAAUUUUGAAAACAGAUUUUCAUUCGAAAAUGGUUCUCAGAUUAUUUGUUUGCUGUGGGCGGCGAUGAUGGCGCUAGUCAUUUAUCCACAAUAGAGAGUAUACAGCUGCAGGCCGAGGCUUUUUCUGAGCCCCAAAAGAUCGAUGCUUCUGUUGCUGAGUGGAAUUUAUUACAGGUUUCGUACAACUUUUUUUCUAAAUUUCGAGACCACAUUCUCACUUUUCAAUUCAUUUUUUUAAAUUUAAAAAUUUAAAAAAAUUGAAUGCAAAAAUACACAAAAAAAGGCGAUUACAAUUCUGUCUCAUCACAUUUGUAAAUCUUUUUUUCAAAGAAUGAAGUUUAAAAGCUAUUAGAAAUAAAACAAAAAAGGUUGUAUCAGUUUUCUUUCAGGUUCAAAUGCCACAAGGUCGAUCUUACGCCGGAAUCGCGCUUUUGCCAAGAGAUGGAUCAUAG